GUUAGCUAUUUUCGUGUUGUAAUAUUUGAGCGGAGAUUUGACCGCGAAUAGAAGAUUUGUUAGUCCGGAGUGAAACGCACGAGAAUGACCGUUAGAAGCAAAUGCUGGAGGCAAAGGCAUCUUGGCUUGAUUUCCCAUGUUGCGCGUUUCGACUGGCGGUCGUUGGUUUCUUAGUUGGCCGCCUGCCAACUUUGGUCUGGUCUCUUCCAAUGUAGGCACGAGUCGUAAAUUGUACACAAGUCUAGUACUCUACCAGACGCUACCCCUAAUUUUAGUCUCGAUUAAAUUUAAAUCCGUAGUUUAUUGAAGAUAAUAUGGAACUGCUCAGCGAAACGUGAUGUAGAAAGAGGCGCUACUGGGAAUGCGGAGCUGAUGCCGCCGGCAAGCAACUCUCUCUCCAGAGGUGCCAAGAGAGAGAAGGGGGGGUACAGCGGGGCGAGCGAGCGAGAAGGGCGAGAGAGAGAGAGAACGAGAGGGCUGGAGCUUCGUCAGUGAUCAUAGAGAUUUUUGCAAUGUAGCAUGAGUGUGGUGUUGGUUUUUGUUUCCUUCUGCAGCAGAAGAUUUCUGAGUUGGACGCGGAUUCCAGCUUGCAUGGAUUUUUCGUUGCUUUCACUUGUCACUCCCGCGGUUUAGAGCCUGACAUUUAGGUGCAAAUUCAUAGUUAGUGUAGGGUUACGAUCUGGUGGAGUAUUGGGUGUUUGGCGUAACAGUGCAACGGCUUUGAUUUUCGUAUGAGAAGGGAGUUUAAGGCAAACGCGGAAGGUUUAUUUUCGGAUGCUGAAGUGUAUACAAGUAUAGUUUCUACUUAAAUCAAACGGCGAUUGUUACGGCUUUGAUCGACACAUAGGACUGCGUGUUUUGAGUCCUACUUCAUCGAUGUGGUACGCGUGUGCAUCGGAAGGAGAUUACGAACAUGAAAGACGGCAUUCUGCGGCUCUAAAUUAGUACACAACUGUAGCAUUGUAGAAGCAACAACAUGUCGGCCCCUGCCCCUACCGGAGGGAUUACCCCUCCGGUCAAUUCUACUACUCCUCCGGUUGCUGUGGUUCCACCCGUUGCAGCGACUCCACCUGUAGUUUCCCCUCCUCCUGCAAUUGUUCCUCCACCCGUUAUUGCACCACCUCCUGUCGAACUUCCUCCUCCUCCUCCAGCGCCUGUAAUUUCCCCUCCCCCUGCCAUUCCUCCUGCUGUGGUACCUCCUCCACCAGACCCUACCCCUCCAGCGGCAACUCCUCCAGUUCCAGUUACUCCAGAUGUUCCUCCCCCUACGGCAGUGGCUCCACCUCCACCCACACCAACAAAUUCUCCACCUGCCCCAACCCCACCAACUGAUUCUCCUCCGGCUCCACCUCCUCCAACAGGAACAAAUCCUUCGCCUCCCGGCCUAAGUCCUCCUUCUGCAGUUAGAGGUCCUCCCCCUGCUGUGCUGUCCCCCCCGUCGACGCCCUCUGCUGGUGGCACACCGCCAUCGAGUUCGGGUUCAAGUUCACUAUCCACAGGAGCGGUAGUUGGAAUUGCAGCAGGGGGUGGCAUUCUUGCCUUGUUUUUCUUAUUUGCUCUCAUUGCGUUCUGCAGAAAACGCAAAUACAAGAAAGACUCUCUUCCUUAUACGGCUGCUGGCGGCGGUGGCGGCGGUGGAGCUGCAACCGCUGCAGCUUAUGAAGUUGGCGGAAUGGAUGAUCCCAAAGGUUAUGCAGCAGGUGGUUAUGCAGCAGGUGGUAAUGGUAGGUUGCCUCCUGGAUCUCACGGUGGGAGCGUACCCUUGCCUCCUGAUGGCACAUCAAGCGUAGGGAAUUCGAGGUCAUGGUUUACGUACGACGAGCUACAUGCCGCAACGAAUGGCUUUGCCAUUGAGAAUAUUUUGGGAGAGGGCGGGUUUGGUCGUGUCUACAAGGGUGAAUUGCCGAAUGGGAAGGUCGUUGCUGUGAAGCAGCUCACUCUUGGUGGUGGUCAAGGGGAUAAAGAGUUCCGGGCCGAGGUUGAGAUCAUCAGCAGGGUUCAUCACCGUCAUCUGGUUUCCCUUGUUGGCUACUGUAUUGCCGAUAAGCAGAGGUUGUUGGUCUAUGACUUCGUGCCCAACGGUACUCUAGACGUGAAUCUCUAUGGGAAUGGGAGACCAAUUAUGAACUGGGAAAUGAGAAUGCGCGUCGCAGUUGGAGCUGCUCGAGGUUUAGCCUAUCUUCAUGAAGAUUGUCAUCCCCGCAUUAUUCACAGGGACAUUAAAUCUUCUAACAUACUACUAGAUGACAAAUAUGAGGCUCAGGUCGCUGAUUUUGGACUGGCAAAGCUGGCAUCAGACACACACACUCACGUUUCAACUCGCGUGAUGGGAACAUUUGGGUACCUCGCUCCAGAAUACGCCCAGAGUGGCAAACUGACAGAGAAGUCGGACGUGUACUCCUUUGGCGUGGUACUUUUGGAGCUCAUCACGGGGCGAAAGCCUAUUGAUACAAGGAACCCAGCUGGGCAAGAGAGCUUGGUGGAAUGGACUCGGCCACUGUUGGGGGAGGCACUAGCCGGGAAUAUGGAGGAGCUUGUGGAUCCUAGACUGGAUGGUCGAUACAAUUAUAAAGAGAUGUUCCGGAUGAUAGAGGUAGCGGCAUCUUGUGUUCGUCACACAGCCUCAAAGCGCCCUAAAAUGGGACAGGUUGUAAGAGUCUUGGAAAGUGAAGAAGAGAACGCGGGUCUCUACCAUGAUCUGAGACCAGGACACAGCUCGGAGCAUGAACCUAGCUUCGAUAGGUAUGGAGGGGGCUCCGACUACGAUACUCAGGAAUACAACUCUGACGUGUUGCGAAGGAAGAGAAGGGAUACGAACAAAUCACACGGAAGUGAGUACACUAGUGAGUAUUCUAGUAGUUUGUAUCCUACUGGGACAGUAGACUCGAGCAAUGAGUUUGAAUCAGGUAACUCCAGGCCUGGGGAUACGCGCUCCAACAUCGUGGAGCAGCCCCCUAGACGUCCUCCCGUCUCAGUGAGAACUGGAAGAGCUUCUCUUGCAACCAUCCCUGUGCCGCCAAAUGUGACUCACACUUCCUUGUCAGGUUUGCCUCCUACAAGAGCUGCUCCCCCUAGACCUGGACAGUUGGGUAAUUCUUCGGUUGCCUCCAGCGAUACGAGUGGCAGUGUAAGCUCCAGUACUUUCGCACCUCCUCCGCCUCCACCAAAUUUUAGCGACGAAUACGAUCCUAUUGAUAUCAAUCCCAAGGGCAUCAGAAAAUCAUACGACGAUCUGCGAGAUGGUAGAUGAUUGACACCAUUUCGAAUCUCUGCAGUGGAGGCUUCAGAUGUGCGAUGACUCAAUCAACUAGGUUGUGGGGUUGCCCUCUCUCUGCCUGCGCGAAUCCUCAUUUGUAUGACGCUGGUCGGGCUUAAAUGAGAGUUUCUUCACCAUUUGGAUCGUAGAGCGGUAGACGUGGACAUUGGUGAGUUCUCUCAAGGUAAUGUGGACAAUUCUACAUCUAGGCAGGGUGCUUAGUGAAACGCCAGGGCAGACGAGACAUAACGAAGUGAACAAUUUCCUUCUAAGAAUUCUUGCUCACAUUGAUUCAUUUUGAAGGUCGAGGAUUUGCAUCUUUCCCAAUUCAGAAGAGAGAGCAUUCCUUGAGGUGAAGUCGAGGAUCUUCUCUUGAAUAUUACACAUGCAGAGAAAAGCACAGUUUUGUAGCGUCAAUUUUGUAAAUUGCUCACAUGGUAGGGUGUCCAGGCUGGCUCUGGCUUAUUGUCUGUAUCACUAGUCUAUGUUUCUGAGUCCAUAACAGCAAUUCAUCUGCUCCGUUAGAGCUUGAAUAAUUUUUUGUAUAAGCCGCUCCUGUGUUCCUGAGUCCAUUGGACUUCGUAUGAACUUGAUUUCUAGUAGAACACAAGGGUUUAGAAGGGAAGGCGUGGAAGUGAUAUAAGCAUCAUUCUGUCUUCUUUACAAGCACUAAAAGAGCUUUUCAGACAACCAUCAAGGGGCAUUUUGCGCCAUAUAGGACUCGUCUGAGCUAAGUUGUAUUAAUGUGUUCGAUCUAACAAAGAUUUUAUGGAA